AUGGCAAUGUCGUUAACAAAACCACACUUACACUCAGAUGGAAUUCUCUUCCAUGGCAAAUCAGCUGUCAAAGUAGGAGAACAAGAACGCUAUAUCAUCUCAUAUAAUCUAUAUGAAGAUGAUGAAAUACCCGCUGAUCUAAUACUCGACUCUCUAUGGCUGAAAGUGAAAAAUAUCGAACCAAUGUCAUACAGAGCAGCAUACCUUAUGGGUCCCUUCAUGCUAUAUUGUGACGUACGUUGUGAACACUAUCAUCAUUCUCAAAAGAUCAUUGCAUCUGCUGAUCAACCAAGAUUCGAACCAAAUUUACAACCUCAACAGGAACAUAUCGUUGAAUUGUCAUUACAUACCAUACAGCAUAACUAUGUUUGGAUAGUCGAUAUCGUCAGCCAGAUAUUGUUCACGACAAACACUCAAACAUCUUUCGAGGUAGCCAUUGGGAAAACUAAGGAAUCAUUAGGGAAGAAUAAUAAUGUCGUGGAUAUGUCUCCUUAUUGGGAAACCUACAACUCAGAUAGACUGAUUGUGACAAGAUUGACUACAUUGGAUCUUUGGAAAUUACCUACUCAAUUGACUUUGAAAUCAAGUAGAAGGAAAAAACAUUUAGUUAUCUUGACUCAUGGUUUACAUUCAAAUGUCACUACAGAUAUGGAAUAUAUGAUGGAACAAAUUUAUAAAUCUCAAGAGAAAUACCCUAACGAAACAAUAAUAGUGGACGGGUUCCCAGGAAACGUUUGUAGGACAGAGAAAGGUGUGAAAUACUUGGGCUCAAGGGUAGCAAAAUACAUUAUAGACAACUUGUAUGAUGACUCAGUAGUGAAAAUUUCGUUUAUUGGUCAUUCAUUGGGUGGACUUGUGCAAACCUUUGCAAUUGCUUACAUUGCGGUCAAUUAUCCUUGGUUUUUUGAAAAAGUAACACCAAUUAAUUUUAUCACAUUUGCAUCUCCAUUGCUAGGGAUCGUUACUGAUAAUCCAGCAUACGUGAAAUUACUUCUUUCAUUUGGUGUCAUCGGUAAAACGGGCCAAGAUCUGGGCUUGAAAAAUAUCAAUGGAUCAGAUAAACCAUUACUUUAUUUAUUGCCCGGUGAACCUGUAAGAACCAUAUUAUCCAAAUUUAAAAGAAGAACUUUAUAUGCGAAUGCAAUAAACGAUGGAAUCGUCCCCUUAUACACAGCUUCGUUAUUAUUCUUAGACUACGAUGAUAUCUUACUUCAAUUACAAAAAAAUACUAAUACGAAAUCUGAAAAUAAUGUCACAAUCCCAGAAAACACAGAUUUCUUUAACAAGAAUUUUAUAUCACCAUUAACUAAGAUGUUAAGUGUAUGGGCCCCACAAAAAUUCCCUACUGAUCCAAAUAGUUCAACAUCUGCAUUACCUAAAGUUUCGGUCUUACAAUCUGCCACAUCAUUACUACUACCACCAUUACCUGAUAAGACAUACUUGUUGGACCCAGAUUCACGACAUCCAGUUAUAAUCCAUGAUAAAAUAUACACAAAGGAUGAUUUACCCCCACAAGGAGAUUCAGAAUUAUUAGAUGACACAUUUUUCAAUAGUGAAAACAUGUUAUUACAAGCAUUCACUGCGAUCGGGUCAGACAGAGAUCGAGAGAAAAAAUAUCAAAAAUUAGAAGAAUCUAUAGCGAGGAGGUGGCACGAGGGAAUGGAUUGGAGGAAAGUUGUUGUCGCGUUGAAACCAGAUGCUCAUAAUAAUAUCAUCGUGAGGAGGAGAUUUGCAAAUGCUUAUGGCUGGACCGUUAUAGAUCAUUUAGUAGACGUUCAUUUCAAUGGAGAUGACUCAUUGGAAACAUCUAAGGAAGUGGAAGAAGAAGAAAAAGAAGAAGAAAAAGAAGAAGAAAAAGAAAAAGAAAAAGAAAAAGAGAAUGCUUUGGUUUCAAUGGAUUGUCCGACGACGAUGGUACCUCUCGAUAUUGUUAAAGAUCUUUCUUGGAUAACAAAAGUUGAGAAUGAAGGUCUCUUUGAUGAGGGACCGACAGGCAUGAUUUCAACAUUUGGAGAAAUGUUGGAGAAUUUUACUAAAACUAGAUUAUCAUUAAUGACAGACCGAACGUAUAACGGUGUCCUUCCAAAUGAUAGUACUGAUCCAGAUAAUGAUACAUCUAUUCAAGACGGAUUCGCAUAA